CUGCUCCAGCUGGCCAUUCGUGAGUGCAAAAGAAAAGUACCUGAGGAAAUGAAAAGUGCUACUUUAGUAAGCACAUGAUUGAUCAGAAAGCAAACAGCCUUGGUGCUGAUAUGGAGAAAAUUUCAGUGGUCUGGAUAGAAGUUCAAACCAGCCACAACAUUCUCUUAAGCCAAAGCCUGAUCCAGAGCCAGGCCCUGACUCUCUUCAAUUCUGUGAAGGCUGAGAGAGGUGGGGAAGCUGCAGAAGAAAAGCUGGAAGCUAGCAGAGGUGGGUUCAUGAGGUUUAAGGAAAGAAGCUGUCUUCAAGACAUUAAAAAAAAAUCACAAGGUGAAGCAGCAAGUGCUGAUGUAGAAGCUGCAGCCAGUGACCCAGAAGAUCUAGCUAAGGUCAUUCCUGAAGGACUUGAGCAACAGAUUUUCAAUAUAGAUGAAACAGCCUUCUACUGGAAGGAGAUGCCGUCUAGGACUUGGAAAACUGGCGAGAAGUCAUGCCUGGCUUCACAGCUUCAAAGCACAGGCUGACUCUCUUAUUAGGGGCGAAUGCAGUUGGUAACUAAGUUGAAGCCACUGCUCAUUGACCAUCCUGAAAAUCCUGGGGCUCGAAAGAAUUAUGCUAAAUCUACUCUGCCUGGGCUUUACACAUGGAAUAACAAAACCUGGAUUACAGCACAUCUGUUUACAACAUGGUCUACUGAAUAUUUUAAGCCCACUGCUGAGACCUACUUCUCAGAAAAAAGGGAUUCCUUUCAAAAUAUUCUGCUCACAAACAAUGCACCUGGUCACCCAGGAGCUCUGAUGGAGAUGGACAAUGAGAUUCAUGUUUUCAUGCCUGCUGACACAACAUCCAUUCUGCAGCCCAUGGAUCAAGGAGUCAUUGUGACUUUCAAGUCUUAUUACUUAAGAAAUAUUUUGUGAGGUGGGCCGGAAGUGGGCCGGGGAAGCGGGAGGCCCAGCGGGCAAGAUGAAGCGGGCAGUGGACGAGAUGUUCCCUGAGGGCGCCGGGCCCUACGUGGACCUGGACAAGGCAGGAGGCAGCACGGGGCUCCUGAUGGACUUGGCAGCCAAUGAGAAGGCAGUUCAUGCAGACUUUUUAAAUAAUUUUGAAGAUCUGUAUUGUGAUGAUAUCCAGUGAGAUGCUGUCCAGCAGUGCGUGUGGUCAUGUGUGUUACGAGGUGGUGUGGUGGAGUUCCUCAGAGGACAAUUUCAGAUAGUCCUAAAGAACUCAUGGAUGUUACUUGAAAUUAAGAGAUGGUUAACCAAGAAAGAGAAGGAUGGUUUUAACUAUCUGCAUGAGGCCCACUUAUCUCUGAAUGUGACCAACUUUUGUCCUUCAAUUAAAAAGCGAUGGCAUAGGGACGCCUGGGUGGCUCAGUCCGUUGGGCGUCUGCCUUCGGCUCAGGUCACGAUCCCAGGGUCCUGGUGAUCGAGUCCCGCAUUGGGCUCCCUGCUCUGCGGGGAGCCUGCUUCUCCCUCUGCCUCUGUCUCUCAUGAAUAAAUAAAUAAAAAAUCUUAAAAAAAAAAAAAAGCAGCGAUGUCAUAAAAAAAAAACACAACAUUUUGUAAGGCAAUAGCUGCCAUAGUGGUUCCUCUGAUGGAUCUGGGCAAAAUAAAUUGAAAACCUUUUGGGAGAGAUUCACUGUUCUAGAUACCAUUAAGAAUAUCUGUGAUUCAUGGGAGGAGGUCAAAAUAUGAACAUGUACAGGGGUUUGGAAGAAGCUGAUUCCAACCCUUGUAGAUGACUUUGAGGGGUUCAGGACAUCAGUGGAGGAAGUCACUGCAGAUGUGGUGGAAACAGCAAGAGAACUCGAAUUGGAGGUAAAGCCUGAGCAUGGGACUGAAUUGUGUGAUCUCAUGAUCAAACUGAAGGGAUGAGGAGCUGCUGCUUAUGAAUGAGCAGAGAAAGCGGUUUCUUGAGUUGGAAUCAACUCCUGGUGAAGAUGCUGUGAAGAUCGUUGUAAUGACAACAAAAGAUUUAGACUAUGACACAGACUUAGUUGAUAAAGCAGCAGCAGAGUUUGAGAAGCCUGACUCCAGUUCUGAAGGAAGUUCUACUGUGGGUAAAAUGCUAUCCAAAGGCAUCACAUAUUACAGAGAAAUUGUUCAUGAAAGGAAGAGUCAAUUGAUGCAGCAAACUUCAGUUUGUCUUAAGAAACUGCCACAGUCACCCCAGCCUUCAGCAACCAUGACCCUGAUCAGUCAGCAGCCAUGGACAUUGAGGCGAGACCCUCCACAGCAAAAAGAUUACACUUUGCUGAAA